AUGGCAGCUCUUAAGUACCAUGAUGGACCUAAUAUUCCAUUUUAUAAAGCUGAUGGUUCCGUAAGGGACAUUGACGAUUUCAAACCAUGGGUGCAGAUCAGGACAUUAUUUGAAAGUGGUCAACUGAAUUCAGCUGAUACAAACACAGUAAAAGAAGCAUCAAAGAAACUAAUCAUUGGAGAGGACCUUGUUCGCAAGAGAGUUGAUCACCUAGAGUAUCUGAAGCUAAAAAAGACAAAGCGAGCAGUGCGCAAAGAAGAGCAGGAGAGAGGUGGACGAUCUGAAAACGUAUAAAGAUUAUGACUGGAUAAAUUUUUAUCGGACAAAUUCUGGACAAAUACAUAGGUAAUUUCAAACUGGAAAAAGUCUGAUUGGUGUUGGAAAAGUUCAACCUAGUUCAACGUCAUAUUGAGCGCACCCUGUUCGAGAAAGACCAUGCAGAACUAUUAACAACACCAGAUGCUGUUACUGAGGGAAUUAAGUAGCAGUGAGGAAAGUACUUCAUCUGUAAUGCAUUAAGAAAGAUUCUUCCAUAAUAAAACAGAAGGCCGCAAAAUAGCACUGAAAAAUGGCCGUUUUUGACAUUAUCCGGGCUUGCAAAUGUCCUGUUCAAUGUGGAAAAAUGGCCAUUAAUUACGAUAUGUUUUCCAACAAGAAGCUUAAAGCCGCCAUAUUUACUUUAGCUUAGCAGCCAAGCCUUUUAAUUCGCUUAUUUCCACUGAUUACAAAGUUAGCAUACUUUUUUACAAGCCAAAUAGCGCCAAAUAUUCAAAUUAAUAGCUUGUUUUUCUCGUCUUCUCGAAGAAAAUGUCUGAUAUUUUGCUGGAUUUCGAAAGGAAUUCCCUGGAAUUUCAAUUGAAAGUGACAGAAUCUCCUCUCUGUUAUGUUAGACAGCAGUGCGUUGCAGCUUCUCAAAUAGCUCUGGCAAUAUACAUCCGGUAUCCAAAUUUACUGAAAUGGCAUACCCUUGUUGGAAUGAAAGACAACCAGUGGCGAAGCCAGCCAAAAAUUGUUGGUCAUGCUUCGAGCGGCGAAUGCGCAAGGCUUUCUAGGGUGGUCUGGGGGGGCGGCAUGCCCCUCGGAAAAUUUUCAAAAUUAGAACCCCGAAAAUGCCAUUUCCUGCGAUUUGAGCAUUGAAUUCUAAGCUCGAUUGUUAUCUUGCUUUAUAGAGAAAACAAUCACUCAGACAAUUGUAUGCUUAGCAGACAAAGAUGAAAAUAAUGUUCCUUCUUCGCUCUUAAAACUUCAGCUUAAGAAUACUGGGCUGGGAGAAAAAAGAGUUGCAUUUCCUGUAUCUGCUAAAUCAGAUGGUGUGAGAAAAGUGUUACAUGAGUGA